AUGUCAGGUGAAGAAGCCUCUAGUCCUUUACAGGUUUCUUCUGAGUCAGAGUCUGAGGAGGUUCCUUUAGCCGACGCUGCUGCUCCUAUGGCGGGGCAAGAUGAUAUAUUACGCACUAUGGCGGCUGCAAUGCAACAGAUUGCUAGGAAUGUGCCACCAAGUCAAUCUUCAAUCGUUAAACAAAUGCAUGAAUAUCACGCUGAGGACUUCAGAGGUAGACUAGAUGAUAAUCCAACUAAGGCUGAGUACUGGUUGGAACAGUUAGAGCGAAUAUUUGGCUGCAUAACUUGUACACCAGAUGAAAAGUUACAGGGUGCAACGACACUUUUGAAAGAAGAGGCUCACAGGUGGUGGGCCAGUGUGGCUCGUGCUACUCUUCCCGAAAUGUUGACAUGGGAUUUCUUUUUGAAUAAAUUUCGUGAGUGCUAUGUUGGGGAACAGUACUUAGAAGACCGACGACAAGAAUUUCUACAGUUAGUUCAAGGUAGAAGGUCUGUUCAACAGUACGAGAUUGAGUUCCGACGUCUUUCACGAUAUGCACCAGAGAUAAAUUAUUCAGAUGCUGAUAUGUGUCGGAAGUUUAGAAGAGGUCUGAGGAGUAUUAUCCAAGCUGGACUAGUUGGAUUGGAGACAUCAGAUUUGACAAAGUUAUCACAUGCUGCCAGGACUCUUGAACAACUUAAAGUUACUGAGAAAGUUGAAGAGAGGCUCUAUGAAUCAGGAGAAACGACCUGCAGAAUCAUCUCACUCGGCUUCUCGAUUCUCGGGGAAGAGAUUCAGAGACUUUAG